UCAUCCUCAAGAUGGGAGAACACUCACCCAAUGAUGACAAAGGUCCCACAUUGCUUAUUCUAACUUGUGUACUGACCACUCUGGCUAUUGUUACAACUACCUUGCGUUGUUGGGUGCGAUGGGGAUGCCAGCAGUUUGGACUCGACGAUGGAGCAAUAGCUUUGACGACUGUACUUGCGGUAACUCGUAUGUCCAUUCAGAUCGUCAGUAUCCGGUAUGGCAACGGACAACACCGCGAAUUCAUCUCCGACCACGAGUACCGGACAAUCAAUAUGCUCACAUGGUACACACAAGUCUUGCUCUUCCCGACCAUCUGUUUGAUGAAGGUCUCGAUCUGCAUCUUGAUCUUGCGCAUUAAGGACACACGGGCGCUCAAAUAUAUCCUAGGCUUCGUCGUUACGGGUUUGAUCUUGACGAACUUGGAGUGCUUGUUGGUACUGCUGGCUGAGUGCUCACCGUUGGAAGCCUACUGGAAUGGGACAUCUGCAGAACACUGCUGGCCUGCCAAAGUGCGAAUCUACAGCAUCUACCUUCAAGCAUGUUCGUACAUUGAUGUACUCUCUGCUUCUUACNCGUACGGUGUGGCGACUGAUAUAGUCUGUACAAUCCUGCCAAUUCAUGUGGUCUGGAACGUAGAGAUUCCUCUAUCAACAAAAGCUGCGGUUUGUGGACUGAUGAGCAUAGGCUUGGUGUACGUAUCCAUCAUGACAUGUCACAAGCAUAGUGCUGACCAAUUUGACCAGCNNGCAACGAUAUGCUCGGCCGUCCGAGCAGCAUCUCUUGGAACGACUACCGAUGACCUUUCACACGCUUACUGCAUCGCCGCAAUAUGGGCCAAUGGCUUAUCGACAUCUAGCACCGAGCUAUUCCUCGGCAUAAUCGCCGCGAACCUCGCCCUAUCUCGCUCCAUAUACAAAUGUUUUACCAAACGCGCGCGAACAUUGACUUCGAACACUAAAGGAUCAAGAUCAGCACGACUCCGCAACAGCUUUGCGACCCCGUCCCGUAUGGGCUAUGUCAAGUCACCCGAGCCUUCAUUGCCUCCAGAAACCAUCGGAUCGACGAACAGCGAAUCAAGUGGCAUACCGUUGCGACCUUACAAGAUUGGAGCAAUGUCCACCCAGCUGGAUUAUGCUGAGAAGGGGAUGAGA